GCCCGGCUCACCUGCCGCCCACCUGCCCGCGCAUCCCCCUCUCCUGCCCCAGCUCGGCUGCGGAAGCCCAAAGGGCCACUGCGCGGCCCUCAAUAAAUAUUUGUCCAAUGUGCGGAUGAGUAAAGGCAGGGGAAGGGCGUGUCUGAAAGUCCCUCCCGCUCCUCCCGGCGACCCCACCUCGGCGUCACUCCCAGAUAAAGCCCGCGCCGCCCGCGCGGGAGCAGCGAUGCCCAGGUACACGGCGCACGUGCGCGGCGAGUGGCUGGCGGUGCCCUGCGGGGACGCGGCGCUCACCGUGGGCUGGCUGGGCCGCGAGGCCAUCCGGAGGUACAUCAAGAACAAGCCGGACAACGGCGGCUUCGCCUCGGCGGACGACGUGCGCUUCCUCGUGCGCCGGUGCAAGGGCCUGGGCCUGCUGGACAGCGAGGACCCGCUCCACGCGGCCCUGGAGGACAACGAGUUCGUGGAAGUGGUCAUAGAAGGCGAUGCCAUGUCCCCCGACUUCAUCCCAUCGCAACCAGAAGGAGUGUACCUGUACAGCAAGUACCGGGAGCCUGAAAAGUACAUUGCCUUAGAUGGGGACAGUCUGACCACAGAGGAUCUGGUCAACCUGGGGAAAGGACACUACAAAAUAAAGCUCACCCCAACUGCUGAAAAGAAGGUGCAAAAAUCCAGGGAAGUCAUAGAGAGCAUCGUGAAAGAAAAAACUGUUGUUUAUGGUAUAACUACAGGUUUUGGGAAAUUUGCCAGAACUGUAAUUCCUGUCAAUAAGCUAGAAGAGCUCCAGGUCAACUUAGUACGUUCACAUUCUUCAGGUGUCGGGAAACCACUAAUCCCUGAAAGAUGUCGGAUGCUCUUGGCUUUAAGGAUCAAUGUCUUGGCCAAAGGAUACAGUGGCAUUUCCCUGGAGACCCUCAAGCGAGUUAUCGAAGUAUUUAAUGCCUCCUGCCUGCCCUACGUUCCAGAGAAAGGAACCGUUGGUGCAAGUGGAGACCUUGCUCCACUCUCUCAUCUUGCUCUUGGGCUAAUUGGAGAAGGGAAGAUGUGGUCUCCAAAGAGUGGCUGGGCUGACGCUAAAUACGUCCUGGAAGCUCAUGGAUUGAAACCAGUUGUUUUGAAACCAAAAGAGGGCCUAGCGCUCAUCAACGGGACACAGAUGAUCACGUCCCUGGGCUGUGAAGCCGUGGAGAGAGCCAGUGCUAUUGCACGCCAGGCAGACAUCGUGGCCGCCCUGACUCUGGAGGUGCUCAAGGGUACUACCAAGGCCUGCGACACUGACAUCCACGCUGUUCGCCCUCAUCGUGGGCAAAUUGAAGUUGCUUUUCGGUUUCGAUCCCUCUUGGACUCAGACCACCACCCAUCUGAAAUAGCAGAAAGUCACAGGUUCUGUGAUCGUGUUCAGGAUGCAUAUACCUUGCGCUGCUGUCCACAGGUCCACGGUGUGGUGAAUGACACGAUAGCAUUUGUGAAGAACAUCAUUACCACAGAACUUAAUAGUGCAACAGAUAAUCCUAUGGUUUUUGCUAGCAGAGGAGAGACUAUUUCUGGAGGAAACUUCCAUGGUGAAUACCCAGCCAAAGCUCUAGACUAUUUGGCCAUUGGAAUCCAUGAACUUGCUGCGAUUAGUGAAAGAAGAAUAGAAAGGCUCUGUAAUCCCUCCCUCAGUGAGCUGCCUGCCUUCCUGGUGGCUGAAGGUGGCCUGAACUCUGGGUUCAUGAUUGCACAUUGCACAGCCGCAGCACUCGUUUCUGAGAACAAGGCUCUGUGCCAUCCCUCGUCUGUGGACUCUCUCUCCACCAGCGCUGCCACAGAGGACCAUGUCUCCAUGGGAGGAUGGGCAGCAAGGAAGGCCCUUCGGGUCAUCGAGCAUGUGGAACAAGUGCUGGCCAUUGAGCUUCUUGCAGCCUGCCAAGGAAUAGAGUUUCUACGCCCCCUGAGAACAACCACUCCUCUAGAGAAGGUCUAUGACCUCGUGCGCUCUGUUGUAAGGCCCUGGAUAAAAGAUCGCUUCAUGGCUCCAGACAUUGAGGCAGCACACAGGCUGCUCAUAGAACAGAAGGUUUGGGAGGUAGCUGCACCAUAUAUCGAAAAAUACAGAAUGGAACAUAUUCCAGAAUCCAGACCUGUUUCUCCAACAGCCUUUUCACUGGAAUUUCUACAUAAGAAAUCCACCAAAAUCCCAGAGUCUGGGGAUCUUUAGAGGGCUUUGUCAUGGAUUAGCAAAUCAGAGGGUACUUGGUUUAAUAGUAAAGCACAUUAUGCUGAAGAAGGGACCUGAGGACUUUCCUGGGCAGAUCAAUUCAUUGUAUUAUUCAGUUCUUCUAAAAACCUCCUUUGGUUAGGCUGGUGACAGCAUUCUAGUCACUUCACUCCAGCACUGUGCUCUUGGUGACUUGGUUUGAGACACAGAAGCUGUUUUCAGAUUAUCAGAGUUUCCUUUCUUCCUUAACAAUAUCAACAGGCCACAGGCCACUUCACAUUAUUUGAACUCAGAUUUUGAAAUAAAUUGGUAGUAUUCUUUUCCAAAAACAUUAGACUUUUAUGAAUCUCUUUUUUUUUUCUCUUUUCUUUUGGUUUGACAAGCUAAGCUCCCCACCAGAUGACUUUGGCUGAUUGAAUUAUACCAUGAUGUGAUGUGAUAAAUGUUCCUUCAUAGGCCUUGAUAAAUAACUUCUUUUAAAGUCAUAAUUUGUCCUGAAGCUUCUCUUUCUUCUAUUUAUUGCAUCAUACCACAGUCAAUAGGUCAACAAGAGGUUUUGUGUAAAGGAGGUAAGCAAUGAAUAUAGAGAUUGCUGUUGGAGUGGCCCUUAUUGAUAUUUAUGAAAUAAAUAUCUAAAAAAAAAAUCUCAGAUGCUUAAGCUAGAGUUGAGGGUUACUAUUACUACUGUCUUACUAUGCGUUAGUAGUCUAUUCACAUCCCUGUGAUAACCCUGCGUUAAGAAGCCCCCUGUCCCCAAAAUAAGAAAUCUUAUGUUCAGAGUUAACCAACCCCUUCUCUGUAACAGUAAUCAUUAAAAGGAUGAACUAUUGACAAAGGUCGAUGAGGCCCUGGGACAUGUUACCCAAUCUGUUUUUUUCCUCAAAAAAUGACAAAGGACCUUCUUGGAAGGCUUAAGUAUAAUCAUCUGGAUGAAAGAUGGGUCAGAUGACCUCUUGGUUUCCCAAGGCUAAGAUCUGUGACUUUGCACCCCCUUUUGUGAAUGCAUGCAAGGCACUCCAGCGCAGGAAUCUGAAACCAUGACUCUAAAACUACAGUAGGCCAAAGAAAGACCAGACGCACUUGCCAGCUUGCCUGCCCAGCUCCAGCCUAAAAUGGGUCCAACAGCAUAUUUCACAAUAGGGUUUUCACUCUUUAGAUGGCACUUCAUCCACAGGAAAAGGUGGAGACAGAAAUGAAAACUGCUGCCGACAGCAAUUCAGCGAUCGAAAAUGUGCUGAGGAGCCUGUUUACCAAAAGGCUGGUCUUGGUGCUGUUCUUUGCUAGAAUGUAAACAUUCACAGAUGUUGGCUAAUGUUCUUAGGAACCCCAGCUGAGCCAGUAAAACCAGAGGUCUGAUGGCUGCUCUCCACUCCAGGCUGGGGAGUGCCGGAUUCCCAUAGGCCUCUCCGGUCUCCCAGGGCACUAGAUUAGUGAGUUCUCUGGACAGCUCUGUUAGAAAUGGUUUAUCACACGCCUCCAAGAGAAUCUCAAGGCAAACAUAGAAAGAAUAAACUAGGGAUCCCUGGGUGGCGCAGCGGUUUGGCGCCUGCCUUUGGCCUAGGGCACGAUCCUGGAGACCCAGGAUCGAAUCCCAUGUCGGGUUCCUGGUGCAUGGAGCCUGCUUCUCCCUCUGCCUGUGUCUCUGCCUCUCUUUCUCUCUCUGUGUGACUAUCAUAAAUAAAUAAUUAAAAAAAAAGAAAGAAUAAACUACAUCUUGGUUGUCUUAUGUUGUCACUAUAUUCUUAGAUUUUUCUAACAGUUUAAUUGCACCUCUUUAGGGAAUUAAUCAAGUUAAUUGAAAGCUUUAGUCAAUGAAUGUUAGCACGUCGCCAAGUGUCUUUAGAGAGUGUGGUUGGUUCAGUUUUCUUUCUCUUUCCCGUGGAGUAGCAGCAAGGGUUAGGGGCAUCAGGAUUUCCUCCCAGCAGGCUCACCUGGGCUUCUUCUCCUGCUGUCUCAGGGCAGCCAGAGGAUAGGCCCCAAAGCAUCAGGGCUUUUAUACUUCUGCAGUGCCACACUUGCUAAUGUCCUGUUGACCAAAGCUAGUCACCCUCUCAAGCACAAGUCAAUCUGGGAAAGUAAUAGUGGCAUUGGCAUGUGAUCUGCGGUCCAUUACUGUAA